UGCCCCGAAGCCAGCCGGCGGGGUCCUUCUUCGCCGCCGCGCAGCCCACGUGCUCUUUUUGUGCACGUGGGGAGCCGGCCUCCGGCUGAGUGUCAGGACCGUGGCAAGCGCGGCGCCAGAGCAGGAGAGACGCGGGGGAAAGAUCUUUCACCAAAAUGCAGAGGAAGAAAGUGGAUAACCGCAUUCGGGUGCUGAUAGAAAAUGGAGUGGCUGAACGGCACAGGACACUCUUUGUUAUCGUAGGGGAUCGUGGCAAAGAUCAGGUGGUUAUACUCCAUCAUAUGUUGUCUAAAGCAGCUGUAAAGGCGAGACCAUCGGUAUUAUGGUGUUAUAAGAAAGAACUGGGCUUUAGCAGCCACCGUAAAAAAAGGAUGAGACAGCUACAGAAAAAGAUUAAAACUGGAAUGUUGGAUCUAAAGCAAGAUGACCCUUUUGAGUUGUUUAUAGCAGCUACAAAUAUUCGGUAUUGUUACUACAAUGAGACACACAAAAUUCUUGGGAAUACUUUUGGCAUGUGCGUACUCCAGGACUUUGAAGCCUUGACACCAAAUCUGCUAGCUAGAACUGUUGAAACAGUGGAAGGUGGGGGCAUUGUCGCUAUUCUUCUGAGAACAAUGAACUCCCUGAAACAGCUCUACACUAUGACCAUGGAUGUACAUUCUCGCUACCGGACAGAGGCACAUCAAGAUGUGGUUGGCAGAUUCAAUGAAAGGUUCAUUCUGUCUCUUGCCUCUUGCAAAACCUGCAUGGUAGUUGAUGAUCAGCUUAACAUUCUCCCGAUCUCUAGCCAUGUUGCAAACAUACAAGCUAUUCCUCCUCGGUCUCAGGAAGACAGUCUGAGUCCUCAGGAUAUAGAAUUGAAGGAGUUGAAAGAAAGUCUCCUGGAUACACAACCUGUAGGCGUGCUGGUCGAUAGUUGUAAAACCUUGGAUCAGGCAAAAGCCGUUCUGAAGUUCAUUGAAGCCAUAUCUGAGAAGACCCUGCGAAGCACCGUGGCUUUGACGGCUGCCAGAGGGCGUGGGAAAUCAGCUGCUUUGGGGCUGGCCAUAGCUGGGGCAGUAGCGUUUGGCUACUCCAACAUUUUUGUCACAUCCCCCAGUCCAGAUAACCUUCACACCCUGUUUGAAUUUGUAUUCAAAGGCUUCGAUGCUCUACAGUAUCAGGAGCAUUUGGAUUAUGAGAUUAUUCAGUCCCUCAACCCUGAAUUUAGUAAAGCAGUUGUCAGAGUAAAUGUCUUCAGAGAGCACAGACAGACUAUCCAGUAUAUCCACCCUGCAGAUGCUGUGAAAUUGGGGCAGGCUGAACUGGUAGUGAUUGAUGAAGCUGCUGCCAUCCCUCUCCCUCUAGUGAAAAACUUGCUGGGCCCGUACCUGGUUUUUAUGGCUUCUACCAUCAAUGGGUAUGAGGGCACGGGUCGGUCGUUAUCGCUAAAACUGAUCCAGCAGUUGCGGCAGCAGAGUGCCCAGGCUCAAGCUAGCAUAACAGCAGAGAACAAAAUGACAACGACAGCUAAACUGUCCUCAGCCCGUACAUUGCAUGAAGUUUCCCUCCAGGAAUCCAUUAGAUAUGCCCCAGGAGAUCCGGUUGAAAAAUGGCUGAAUGAGUUACUGUGCUUGGAUUGCCUCAACAUCACAAGGAUUAUAUCUGGCUGCCCAGUGCCUGAAUCUUGUGACUUAUACUAUGUCAACAGAGAUACCCUGUUCUGUUAUCACAGAGCAUCGGAAGCUUUUCUUCAGCGACUGAUGGCUCUGUAUGUGGCUUCUCACUACAAGAAUUCUCCCAAUGACCUCCAGAUGCUUUCAGAUGCACCUGCCCAUCAGCUCUUUUGUCUUCUGCCUCCAGUUCCACCUACCCAAAAUUCCUUGCCAGAGGUGCUUGCUGUUGUUCAGGUUUGUUUGGAGGGGGAGAUCUCUCGUCAGUCUAUCAUGAACAGUCUAUCCAGAGGAAAGAAAGCCUCAGGAGAUCUCAUUCCAUGGACCAUCUCUGAGCAGUUCCAGGACCCUGAUUUUGGUAGACUCUCUGGUGGAAGAGUUGUUCGUAUUGCGGUCCAUCCUGAUUAUCAAGGGAUGGGUUAUGGCAGCCGAGCUCUGCAUUUGCUGCGAAUGUAUUAUGAAGGCAAGUUCCCUUGUCUAGAAGAAAAAGUUCCCCAGAAGCCGGUUGAAAUAGCUACUGUGAGCAGUGAGGCGGUCAGUUUAUUAGAAGAAGCUGUGAUGCCUCGGAAGGACUUGCCGCCUCUACUUCUCAAGCUGAGUGAGAGACAAGCUGAGAGUUUGGACUACCUUGGCGUGUCUUAUGGCUUGACACCAAGGCUGCUUAAGUUUUGGAAACGAGCAGGUUUUGUACCAGUUUAUCUUAGGCAGACUCCAAAUGAUCUGACCGGAGAGCACUCAUGCAUCAUGCUGAAGAUGUUGAAUGAAGAAGAGGAGAAUGAUCAGGAGAACUGGCUCAGUGCCUUCUGGAAAGAUUUCAGGAGGAGAUUCCUGUCUCUCUUGUCAUACCAGUUCAGCACAUUCUCUCCUUCGUUGGCCUUAAACAUUUUGCAAAACAGGAAUAUUAAACAACAGCCCCAACCCCCAAUGAGCCGUACUGAAUUAGAAGCUGUGUUUAUUCCUUAUGACUUGAAGAGGCUGGAGAUGUAUUCCAGGAACAUGGUGGACUAUCAUCUAAUUAUGGACAUGAUCCCAGCUAUUGCUAAGAUGUACUUUCUUAAUCAGCUUGGAGAUACAACCCUUUCUGCUACGCAGUCUGCUCUUCUUCUUGGGAUUGGUCUCCAGCAUAAAUCUUUGGAUCAGCUGGAGAAGGAGAUAGAGCUGCCAAGCAGCCAGUUGAUGGGCCUCUUUAACAGAACCAUCCGCAAGGUUGUUCAGCUGUUCAACACUAUUCAAGAGAAGGCUGUGGAAGAGCAGAUGGCAGCAACAAAAGACGUUGUGAUGGAGCCAACCCUGAAAUCUUUAAAUGAGGAUUUGGAAGAAGCAGCAAAAGAAUUUCAGGAAAAACACAAGCAAGAUAUUGGGAAGUUGAAAGACCUGGACCUUUCCCAAUACGUAAUACGAGGUGAUGAUGAAGAAUGGAAUGAAGUGCUGACCAAAGCAGGAGAGAAUGCUUCAGUUGUCAGUCUGAAAAGUGACAAGAAGAGAAAGUCAGAAUCCACCAUGGGACCAAAACAGGAGAAGAAAUUCAAGAAAAAUAUCCCAAAGCAGAAGUGGAAGAAAUGAUUAAAAAAAAAAAAAUUAACAUGCAGACUUUGAACUCCUGUUUUGCAGGAGUCUGAUUUCUUUUCCAAUGCAAAUGACUUCAAGCUAAGAAGAAAUCAUACCUGCCAAUGGAAAGGCCUAAAGGUUUUUUAAAAAUAAUAAUACAGAGGCAGCCUUGGAGCAAUAUAGCUGGAAUAUAUAUAUAUAUAUAUUUAUUGCUGCCAGCUCAGCAUUAGUAUGAUGUUGAAAGGAACUGUGGAAUAGCAGGCUGGAUUGUUACCAGGAAUCCUCUCUCUUUGCUGUUCAACCCUGCAAAACCUCUUUUGUUCACCUAAGAGACCUAUAAACAUCAUUCCCUCCUCUUUA